UCAAAGUAUAGUUCGACAUUAAGAAUGGAUACCUACAAAUUUGUGUUGAUGAUUCUAAUAUUUGGUUUUAUUUACCUUUUUCCAAUAACAGACGCUUACGAGACGUGUAAUUCUGAUAGUCAGUGUCCAUCAAGCUACCAUUGCUGCACUGGUACAAUAUACUGCUGUCCAAGUGGUACCGUCUGCACAGGAACCAUCAAAUGUAGAAGUUUAUGGUCAAUAGUUGGUCCUAUCAUCGGUGCAGUGGUCCUUUUUUUAAGCAUUAUUGGAUGCUGUAAGCGUUGCUGUUACCAAAAGAGCCAGGAACCGCCUCCACCAGUUGUCUACGGACAACAACAGCCAGAAGUUGCAAUCGCACAAGAAACAUAUGGACAACCUCAGGCUUACGGACAACCUCCAACUUACGAGCAAGGUUACGGACAACCUCAAACAAAUGGACAAGGUUACGGUACACCGGGUGCAUUGCCGCAAGAUACGACAGAUUACAAAGUAAAGUUGUAGACGAGGAAAGAGAAAAAUGAUAUUGUCAUCUAUAUUGUCCCUGUAUUUGUGAUAUGUAUCAGUGAAGUUGUACAAGAACAAAUAAUUACGUUUUUUCCAAUCAAACAGCGCUGAACCCAUUCACUUUUUAUAGUAAAUAUCAUUAAAAAUCGUCUCGAGAACAGCAAAGCCAAGAUUAGUCAUAUUAUAAUAGAAGUAUCCUCAGGUAGUGUUGAAGUUUGUUCCAUUCAGGACCCCUGGGCUUCGAGGAGGACCACAAGAGGGCGUCAAGAUUUACUAUAGGAAUACAUAAGAAAUAUCUUUAAAAAUCUUCUCAAGAACAGCUAAGCCAUUAUAUUUUUAGUCAUAUUAAUAUGGAAGUAUUCUAAAGUAGACAAGAUUCAAGUUUCUUCAAUUCAUGACCCCCGAGGGUAGAGCAAGGCCACAACAGUGGGUAAGAGUUUUACAUAGGAAUAUAUAGGUGUAAUGGUUAAGAGACAUUUGUGUUAAACUGAAGACUUCAAAUAGUGGAAUGACUUGACAACUCUUGGAAUGGACCAGCCAAAGGGUAUAUAAGGCAAAGCUUUGGGAAAUUAGGUAUUCAGAAGCUAGGAGAAGAAGUUGGCCGUUAAAUAAGCAAUAAAGAAGGGUAAGAGCAAAAUAAAAGUAUGAAAGUUAUAAGCACCAGUGGCAAGUAUCCUUGGGAAUUAAUGUUAAGUUCUGGGUGUAGUUAAUCUGAAGAAGAUUGAGACAUCCAGUUCUUAUCUAUAAAUACAUGUAGGAACCUAGAAAAGAAACAUGGUACAAAUAGUACAUUCACACAGUCCCCGUCUCUAGAUAAGAGAAAAAAAUUAAGUACUGUGUGAUUAACCCUCAGACAAAGCAGUCUUAAUAAUCAUUCCAAUGAUUAAAUCAGACAGAGUAAACUGAAAACCUAUAGAGCCUGAUCAUACAUGUAACAUAGGAAAUAUCUUUAAAAAUCUUCUUCUCAAGAAGAAUUAAACCUUUAUUAGUCAUAUAUAUACAGAAGCUACCUUAGGUACUGUAGAAUCAAGUUUGUUCAAUUUAUGACCCUAAAGGGUUGGGGGCACAACAGAGGGUCAAAGUUUUACAUAAGAAUAUACAGGAAUCUUCUUGAAAAAAAAUUUGCUCUAGAAUAGCAAUAGCAAUAGGUAGUGAAGAUUCAAAUUCGUUCAAAUUUAGGAUGGGUAGGGUGGGCCACGAUGAGCGGCCAGAGUUUUAUACGUAGGAAUACAUAGGGAAGAAAUCUUAAAAUUCUUCUGUUUAAGAACAGAAAAGUCUUGAUUAGUAAUAUUGAUAUGGAAGUUAAAUUUAAGUUUGCCCCCCCCCCCCCCCCGGUAAACUUAUCAAUACUGAACUGAUUUCUGUUUUUCCCUAGCCAAUGUACCCAGGUGAGCCAUGUGGUCCAUGGGCGUCUUGUAUUUAUUUCUGUUCAAAACAAUUCAUUUUACUCAUAUGGUCAUUUAUUGCACGAAUAAAAUGUAUAAAUGUGCAGUACAUGUAGAUCAUGAAAUAAAAUUACAUUUAUCCGUUCUCUGUUGUAUUUAAAACAAUAUUUUGAAAUUUGAAUAUCACUUUGUUGUCUUGUAACUUGUUGACUCAAUAAUAUUCUGCAACAGUACAAUAUUUCCGUAUUUGAUAUUAUCAAAAUUAGCGAGGGUAAUUUUAUCGAAUCAGAGUUUUUGUUGAAUAUGCCAAAAUUUUACAGCAUUUAACAGAUGUAAAAUGCAAAGAAAUGCCAAUAAUUUGAAGAGAGACGAAUUUUUAAGUGAAUUUUUAUGGAAUAAUAAUCUUUAUCAAUUUAACUCAAAACCCUUGUGUUUUAAAAAUUGGAUACAAAGUGGUAUUUUGUAUAUUAAAGAUAUAUUUGACGAAUCAGGGGAAAUGUAUGAUAUCAAUUAUUUUUUAAACAAAUUAAAACGAAAAAAUAAUAUAUCAUGUGAAUAUUAUAUGCUUAAAAAAGCUGUUAAAGAGUAUAAACAAAAGUUUGACUGUUCCUAUGCUAAAUUCGUGAAAGUAAAACCAAACAUAUAUUUUCUAUUUAAAAAACAGGCUGUAAAAUCAAUACGAGAGAUAAGAAGCAAUUUUUAUUACUCUAUAUUUAUUGGUAUGAAAUUUCAAAAACCUUUAUUUGAA